AUGCCAGUGUUGGCGUUUCUAGUGGGCAUAGAGCAGCCUAUCCGGGGCUGGUCAGUGUCUCUGCUCUCUGGAGAUGCCUGGAAGGAUUUGAUUGGCUCUGACUUUGUUCUGGAUCUGAUUGGAAGCACUGAGGACUUAGGGGACCCCACUGCCCCUGACUGCUACCCGAUCAACUCUCAUAACAUGGUUUACGAAGACAUCCCUCCACCUCCUAGAAUCCAAGCUCCUCCCUUGGCUCCAGGGCCGCCUCCAGGUCCUGCCCCAUCACUGCCUCAGAAGGGCCAUACAAGGCAACCCCAGAGCCCUGGGAGUUUGGCUGGUUACGUGGAUGAUCUCUUUGAGACUGUACUCUCCCCAGGGCCCAGGGAUCUGGAACAAGUCAGGGCACUAAAUAGCCGAAUGAAAGGUGGUGGAGGUAUCGGGACUCAGCAAGGAGCCUACCCCAUGAUGUACCCAGGGAUGAUGCAGAUGCCAAGCUACCAACCUCCCAUUGGGGCAAUGAUGCAAGCACCUGUACCAUUUAUGCCAGCAGUGGGUGGGAUCCCAGCCAUGCCAGCCAUGAUGAUGCCAUCCCAGCCCCAGCCUGUGGUGCCCGCACUCAGUGCCAGAGAGCUGGCUGCACAGCAGCAGAACUUUAUCAACCAGCAGGCCAUGAUCUUGGCUCAGCAAAUGACCACGCAGGCCAUGGCUCUUUCCCUGGGACAGCAGGUCCAACAGCAGCAAGUGCCCCAGGCUUCCACGUCUCCGUCCCAGCCUGCUCCCAGAACUCCUAAACCCAAGGAGGUCCCAGCUGAAGUCAGAAAAAGCACAUCAGCUUCCAAGCCGGAGCCCCAAAGACUAGAAACAGUAGAGGCUCCAGAUGAGACUGAGGAGGAAGCAGACUACCCUAAUUCCUUCCAGAAGAAACGUGAUUUUUUCCAGAAGAUAGGGCAAGAACCUAUUCGACUAAGGACGGUAAAGCCACCUGCAAAGGUGCCCAUCCCCCAGGGGGAGAUAGAGGAGAAAGAGGAGGAGAAGAAGGAGGAGGAGGAGGAGGAGGAGGAGGAAAUCAAAGAUGACAUUGGAGCCAAAGAAGGAGGUGAAGCUAAAACUGACACUAGCCCAGGAGCCAAAAGCCAAAAGGAGAAGAAGGAGAGGCCUCAAGGCACCGUGGUUAGAAGUUCGAAGCCAGCCCCGACUCGAGCGGAGCCCAGCAGAGAAAUCCGUAACAUCAUCCGGAUGUACCAGAGCCGUCCAGCGCCAGUGCCUGAACCAAUACAGCCCACCAGGAAACCCCAAAGAGCUUUCUCGAAGAAGAAUGACCCCAAAGACGAGGCUCUGGCCAAACUGGGUCUCAGCGGCAACUGGCUGCCUCCCUCGGCACCAGCUCCCGCCCCGACCAAGACCCCACCACCUGUUCAGCCUCGGCCAAAGCCCUCGGCCCCCUCUGGCACUUCCAGAUCCAUCCAGGAGAAGCAGAGACCUCUUCUGGAUUUGUUUGCCCCAGUUCCAUCCAUGACUCCAAAUCCCCAGCCUCCCCCUCCUCCCCCUCCAACCCCGCCAGAGAGCUCCACCAUACCCAGUGCAGGCCCAGUUCCAUCUAUGGGAGAUGAACACAUCAGUACCCAGUUGCUUCCUCCCUCAAGCAGUGUUUCCUUUUCCUAUGCCAGUGCCCCCUGGAGGCUGUUCCUUAGAAAAGAGGUGUUCUAUCCCCGGGAGAACUUCAGUCAUCCCUACUGCUUGCAACUUCUCUGUGAACAAAUCCUACGUGACACCUUCACUGAAUCCUGUACCCAAAUCUCCCCAGAGGAACGGAGCAAGAUGAAAGAUAUGCUAGCGGACUUAAAGGUGGGCAUGGACGCCAGUUCCAUCACUGAAGACAGUGUCAAGAAGAGAAUUGUGGUAGCUGCCCGGGACAACUGGGCCAAUUAUUUCUCUCGUAUCUUCCAAGUCUCCACCGUGUCCCUGGAUUCCCAACAGGGGGAGAGUGGCAGUGAUGUACAGCUUCUGGCAGUGUCUCAUCGGGGCCUUCGCCUACUCAAAGUUGUCAAUGAUGCCACUGUCCACACAGGCCACCUCAAGACCCUCUGCAGCUACAGUUUUGUCGAAGUUCUGGAUGUAAAGGCUCAAGAGCAUGGUGUUCUCCAACUCUCCCUGAGAAAUGAGCAACUAAUAUUGCAUACAUCUCAAGCCCAGGCCAUCAAGACCAUGGUGGAGCUGUUCCUGAAUGAGCUGAAAAAAGACUCAAGCUACGUCAUUGCCCUUCGGAGUUAUGUCACUGACAACCCAAGCCUCCUGAGCUUCCACUAUGGGGACAUCAUUAAGUUGCUGCCCAUGGCUUCCCUGGAGCCAGGGUGGCAAUUCGGGUCCAUUGGGGGUCGAUCUGGGCUCUUUCCUUCUGACAUGGUCAAAGUUGCUGCUGCCUCUGACUACCUCACCAUGCCCUUGGAGCAGAAGGUUGAGGGACACAGGACUUCUAAGAAAGAACCAGGAUUGUCUCCACAGAAACAAGCCACGGAGUGUGAACACACCCCCAGGCAGGCACCCAGUGAGUACUCUGGGGUAACCAGUUCUGUCUACUUGGAUGUCAACUCCACUUUGGCUGCUAGCACCAGCACUUACACCAUGUGGGAGUAUGCCCUGCACCACUUCCGGCCGAUACAGACCUCGGAGGGCUGGAUGCUGGACAUGGCAGAACACAGUGCUAGAAGCCUGGUGCAACAUACCAAGAUUCCCAUCCAGAAAUCUCUUACCAACUUAACUGAUGAGAAUAUGAACAAUCUAGCUGUGGCAAAUUUCAUGGCUGUGAUGCAAUUCAUGGGAGAUCAGCCUAAGAAGAAAGAUGAGUUAGAUAUACCAUAUGAGAUGAUGAAGCUGUGCCGGAACAACAACUUGAAAGAUGAAAUUUACUGCCAGAUCAUCAAGCAGGUUACAGAGAACCCUGACCAGGAACACUGCAUUCGGGGAUGGUAUCUCCUUAGCCUCCUCACUGGGUACUUCCUCCCCUCGCCCACCCUGAUGCCCUAUGUCAUCAAGUUUCUAAAGGAUGCUACUCUCUACCAAGAGCUGGCCCAGAAAUGCCAAGGACAUUUACAACAGACAGUCAAAUACGGAGGUCGCCGGCACCUGCCCACCAUUGGCGAGAUGCAAGCCUUCUUGAAGGGGCAGACAGUCCGAUCACUGCUGCUCCAUCUGCCUGGAGGUGUAGAAUACAAGACAACCAUUCAGACCUUUACGGUAACAGCAGAAGUGCUGGAGGAGAUGUGUAGUCAGAUGGGUAUCAGAGAACCUCUGGAGGUACAAGAGUUUGCCAUCUUCCUCAUCAAGAAUGAAGAGACCACUGCCUGGGACCAGUCGGGUACCUUCUCAAAAGAGACAGGUGUACUGGUGAGGCCCCUGCACCCCAAUGAGUACCUCAACAACGUGACAAGGGAACCUAAUGUGGAGCUACAUAGUCAUCGGCUCACCUGGGACACAUCCCUGCAUUAUGAAAAUGAAGUCUACAUCAGUACACACUACAGCCAGCUCCAUCGAGAUUACUUGCAGGGAAAGCUGCUGGUUAGCACCCACUCCCAAGUUGAAGCGCUGCUAGCUCCCCUGACAGCCCUACAGCAUCUGACCAGAAGGACCGGUGAUCUGCCUUCUGAGCAGGAACUGCUGAGAUAUGUCCCACACCCACUACAGCAGCAGGUGAAUUUGAGGGUCUUGAGGAAACUGAUGGAGAACCAAUUGAAGUCCUUGAAGAGUUAUAGCCGCAGAGAAGCCCAAGUCAACUUCAUUGAGGCAGUGAAAUCCUUGCCCCUCUUUGGUUAUACCGUAUACACUGUACUUCGGUUGAGUGAGCCAGUGAUAGCCACUCCCUGCUUAUUAGGCCUCAACCAUCAAUACCUCAUCUUGGUGGAUCCCAGGACUCAGGAACAGUGCUAUUCCAUUGCUCUGGAGGACAUACAACAAUUACGUCAGCUCAGUCCCCUGGAUGGUGUCCCAGCGAUGGAGCUCAACUAUGGGUCCUUUACCAAUCCCAAGACCAUUUGGUUUGAGUCGCCACAGGCCCAAGAAUUACUGCACACCCUCACCUUCUUAAAGGAGUUCAAUACCACCUCCACUUAGCCUGGCCCAGUUCAUCCUGAAUUGAAAGGGGUAGGGCGGGGAGGCAAAGACUGUUUUCUCCUCCCCCCUCCUCCGCACCCCUACCCUCAGAGAUCUCUUCUUGUUGGUGAGCUAAAGCUUCCUAGUGUUCCUGAAUGGGUGACCUAGGUAUGAGGAUGUCAAAGUUUCUUCUAAGGCUGGAGCAGAGCUGCAGGCAGAGAUUCAGCAGCCUGGGGUUAAGCCAACUCUUUAUGCCAUUGGGGUCCCACUCAUCCUUACCCAGACCCAACCCCAGGCCCGGGGGUGGGGAGGUAGUUGAGCCGCCACUGCAGAGAAAAUAAAA